AUAAGGGAAGGAAUGAACACAUGAAAUGAAACACUUUUAAAUUUUAGCUCCAGGAAAUGAUCCUGGAAUAGCUUUGACAUCUGCAAAUGAAGAAAUCACCAAGCCCCAAUUUGCAUCAGUCUAGUAGCAAAAGAAAGCAGAAAUCUAAUCUCCAAGAUAGUAUAGGCUAUGGCACAAAUAGGAGCAAUUCAAAGCCUCAUCCAACACUGAAAUCUUUCAAGUCUGCUGUCAAAAAAUUUGCAGCUGUUUUUUCAUUGAUUCUCUCUGGCAAAAGAAAGACAGCCUCAGAAGUUAUUGGAAGUGAUGACAGAAAUAAUACAGCUAAAGUCAGAGGAGUGUUAUCAUCUUCAACUAGUGUAUCUUCUGGAAGUAACAACAAGAGUUCAUCAAAGUGGAAGUUUUCUUAUUCCUAUCCAUCAGCCAGCACUGCAACUACAAGUGAACAACAGCUUGGAAUUGUGAACUUCUCCUUUGAAGAGAUUUACAAGUCAACUGCAAAAUUCUCCCCAGAUAAUCAGAUUGGGGAAGGUGGGUUUGGAACAGUAUAUAAAGGAAAGCUUAGUGAUGGAUCUCUUGUUGCUGUGAAGCGCGCCAAGAAGGAUGUACUACACAGUCACCUAUUUGAGUUCAAGAAUGAAAUAAACACUUUGUCGAAAAUUGAGCAUAUGAAUCUUGUGAGGUUAUAUGGAUAUUUGGAGCAUGGAGACGAGAAGAUGAUUAUUAUUGAAUAUGUUGGUAAUGGAACACUUCGAGAACAUUUAAAUGGCAUUCGAGGAGAUGGACUUGAAAUUGGUGAGCGUCUAGACAUAGCAAUUGAUGUUGCUCAUGCAGUAACUUACCUUCAUAUGUACACAGAUAAUCCAAUUAUCCAUAGAGACAUAAAAGCUUCAAACAUCCUAAUCACUGACAACUUUAGGGCCAAAGUGGCAGACUUUGGUUUUGCAAGGUUGUCUGAUGAUCCUGGUGCAACUCAUAUAUCAACUCAAGUUAAAGGAACAGCUGGAUACAUGGAUCCUGAGUAUCUAAGAACCUAUCAACUCACUGAAAAGAGUGAUGUUUAUUCCUUUGGUGUGUUACUUGUUGAAAUGAUUACAGGAAGAAAUCCAAUAGAGCAAAAGAGACCGCCCAAUGAGAGAGUGACAAUCAGAUGGGCAAUGCAGAUGGUGAGAAAAGGGGAUGUUGUGUUUGCCAUGGACCCGAGACUGCGAAGAAGUCCAGCCUCCAUUGAUGCGGUGAAGAAGGUUCUCAAGCUAGCUUCCCAAUGCCUUGCAUCUUUGAGAGAAUCAAGACCAUCUAUGAAGAAAUGUGCAGAAGUUCUGUGGGGCAUCCGCAAAAGUUUUAGAGAUGAAGCCAUUCCUCACCCUCCGCUUCCUUCUCACCUUUCUGAAAAUUUUCCUCAAAGAGAAAAGAAUAAGCACAUGUCAUUUGGUAUAGAAGAUGAUGACAGCUAUAAGUUUGCCUCUGCACCUAAUCCUAUUCAUUUAUAAAGUUUGUUUAGAUAGUCAAACAUUAUAAGUUUUGGUGCCAUUACAAUUACAUCUAGUGAUUAAUAUCUGUUCUUUGAAUGAGGAAAGGAGUUUGAAAUUGUACAGUGCACUCUAUGUGCAAGAAUCUGGUACAAUAGGAUUCGGAACUAAGCCGAAUAAAAAUCUUAUAGGAGAGUGAAUCCAAUUUGCGACUCAUGCUACUAGUGUUGUUGUAUAUUGACAACAACCAUUUGAACAAUUGAGAGCUUUCAUUUCAAUUUAAAGGCAAGAUGCAUUUGCAAUCAUGCAUGUGAAGAAAUAGCAGAGAAGAUAAUUGGGAAGUUAUGAGUCUUUUC